AUGGAAAAAGCCGAGAAAAAGCAAACAGAAGAGCCAUGGUUGUUAUACACCGAUGGAGCGUCCAACGAAGACGGCGCAGGCGCAGGGCUUAGGCUAGUAAGCCCCGAUAAACAUGAAUUCACAUACGCAAUACGCCUGGAUUUUAAGAGCACAAACAACGAAGCAGAGUAUGAAGCUUUCCUGGCUGGCUUACGAUUGGCAAUCAAAAUGGGGGUCCGACACAUCGAAGCGCAUGUGGACUCCAUGCUGAAGCGAGAACAAGCCAGCAGACGCGCUGAGCAAGCUCGCAUCAACAAGUUUUCAGCACCUAGCAAAGGAUGUGCGCAUAGAGGUUUUGAGCAACCCAUCCGUUCCACUCAGAGAAGUAAGUGUCAUCCAGACAGGAACAACGUCCUGGAUGACACCGAUAAUCAUGUACUUGCAGUCAGGGAUACUUCCCGAAAACAAAGCCGAGGCGCGAAAGAUCCAAUACAAAUCAGAACACUAUCAGAUGGCAGAUGGAUACUGUACCGAAAGUCGUAUCUUGGCCCGUUGCUAAGAUGCGUCGACGCCGAAGACGCAAACUACCUAAUCCGGGAAGUUCACGAAGGAAUUUGUGGCAUUCAUGCCGGGCCUCGAAUGGUGGUAGCAAAAGUGAUGAAUGCCGGAUACUACUGGCCUGGGAUGCAUCUGGACGUUGUGAAAGAGUUGAGGAAGUGCAGUGGCUGCCAGAGACAUGCGCCAAAGACCAUGCGCCCCAAAAAUGAACUAGUACCAGUCACAACCGCAUGGCCUUUUCAACAAUGGGGCAUAGACAUGGUAGGUCCUUUCCCAGAAGCACCAGGGGCAGUCAAAUUUAUAAUAGUCGCAGUCGACUAUUUCACCAAAUGGGUGGAGGCGAAAGCACUUGCAUCAACCACAUCGGCAGUCGUCAAACGAUUCAUAUGGGAGCAAAUCAUAUGCCGCUUUGGCCUACCUCUCAGAAUCAUCACCGAUAACGGAACUAACUUCGCAGCAGACGACCUCGAACGAUGGUUCAAAGACCUACAUAUCGAGCAUACCUUCUCUUCGGUUGCACACCUGCAAGGGAACGGUCAAGUAGAGGCAGUCAACAAAAGUAUCGUUGAUGGGAUCAAGGCAAGAGUCCGAGUCUGCACUUUUAACCCGGGAGACUAUGUCCUAAGAGACAAUGAAGCUUCCAACGCAGAAAAGCCCGGAAAACUGGCUCCCAAAUGGGAAGGCCCAUAUGUAAUCGAUGCAGUACUCGGCAAGGGAGCUUACAAAUUGCGCACCAUCAACAACAAAGAGGUUCCACGAACCUGGAAUGCUCAACAACUCCGAAAGUGCUACAUGUAA